AUGAUGAUGAACAAUAUCAAUGGGAAUCUCUCUGAGAAUAUCAUGCGGAGAUCGAUAUGGACUUCGUCCGCACUAUCUGAUCUUGCCUACGACACCAUCUCUUCAUCUAGCUACCUUUUGGGACCGGAAUGCCUUUUACUGACCUGCGUCAAAAGUGAUAUCAAUGCCUUGAUACUCGAUUACUUGACUAUGGAAGGCUAUCCGCAGGCCGCGGCGAAUUUCUCCAAGGAAGCAAAUUUGCAGCCCCAACAGGAUACUGCUUCCGUGAAAGCCAGACAGCAGAUCCAGCAUUGUAUCCAUCAAGGAAAGAUCCAAGACGCGAUCAGCGCCCUGAAUGAGUUGGAUCCUGAGAUCUUGGACAAAGAUCCUCCUCUGCACUUUGCUCUGUUGAGGCUACAGCUAGUCGAGCUGAUUCGGUCAUGUGCUGGUGGUGAUAUAUCACCCGCGCUGGCCUUUGCCACGCAGCAACUGGGGCCCCGGGCGCCGACGAGCCCCGAGUUUCUGGAAGAUCUAGAGAAGACAAUGGCCCUUCUGAUCUUUCCCUCUGACAAAUUGCCGCCCGAGUUGGCAGCUCUCCUCGAACCGGAGCUGAGGCGUGAGGUGGCAGAUAAGGUCAACAAAGCCAUUCUCUUCCACCAGAGCAGGCGGCGCAAUGCUGCUAUCCGCGACCUUGUCAAACUACGAGCAUGGGCUGAGAACGUCGCCAGGGAGAAGAAGAAGGAUCUUCCGGAGCGGCUUGAUUUGGGGUUCAAUGGUGAUGACCAUGAUAUGGACGAGAGGAUCCAUGAGAACGGGCAUGAGCCCAUGAUUACGACCUAG